GGGACUACAGCUCCCAGAAGGCCUCGCGGCAGGUCAGGCCGGAGGCGGGAAGCGGGACAGAGCCAUGGAGGCCGCCCUCCUCGCCAGCGGCAGCGCCCGACUACAGUCCGCGGUGCCCGGGGUCUGCCGCGCCGAGGACUGCUGCCUCGGCAUCGACGAGGCGGGGCGGGGCCCGGUGCUGGGGCCAAUGGUGUAUGGAAUCUGUUUCUGUCCAAUCUCCAAGCGAGAGCAACUCGCUCAGCUCAAGGUUGCAGAUUCCAAGACUCUAACGGAGGACGAGCGAGAGAAACUCUUUACGAAACUGAAUGACGCAAAUGAUUUUGUUGGCUGGGCCUUGCGGAUCCUCUCCCCCAAUGAGAUAUCAACUGGUAUGCAGCAAAGGAGCAAAUAUAACCUGAACACGAUGUCUCAUGACACCGCCAUCGGGUUAAUCCAAUACGCGCUGGACAGUGGGGUUCAACUGAAAGAGGUUUACGUAGACACUGUGGGACCUGCUGAAAAGUACCAAGCAAAGCUGAAGGAGCUUUUCCCAGAGCUGGAGAUCACAGUGAAAGCCAAAGCUGAUUCUCUGUUCCCCAUUGUCAGUGCAGCCAGUAUCUGUGCCAAAGUUGCAAGAGAUCGUUCUGUUAAAUCCUGGACUUUUAUUGAAAAUCUCGGGGACGUAAAUGUGGAUUAUGGUUCAGGAUAUCCCAACGACCCUAAGACCAAGGAGUGGCUGUCCAGCAAUGUGGACCCUGUGUUUGGCUAUCCGCAGUUUGUACGGUUCAGUUGGAGCACGGCCCAGGUUAUACUGGACAGCAAGGCCGUCCCUGUACACUGGGAAGAUGACGGUAAAGAUGGGGACAAAAAGGACACUCCCUCAGUGCUGUCCUUCUUCGAGAAGAAAACCGUGGACCCAAAGCUUCAGUCACAUCGCUACUUCACAGAGAGGAAGCUCGUCUCAAUCGCAAAUCUAUAAAACGUUCCCUCAUUGCAUGUCCUACUGCCACACGGUACAGUAUUACCUCCAGUGAUCAGAGCACCUGGCAGUUGCCCACUGAAUGAAUACACCUUCAGCACCUGUUAUACCAGCUGCCACGCUUCGCCCACAAAACACACAGUCACUACACUUUACAGUCUAUC